AAGAGUCGGGACGAGUUGAAGCCGGAGCGUGAGCGCUAAGGAGCAGCGGGUCUGACGCAACGCCGCGCACAACAGGCCGGGCGCCGUCUGCCUUCCAGCCUCGAUGUGACUUGGUCUUUAUUCGGUUGUACCCAGCUCCCGUUUUCUAUGUAGUUCACGGAGCUCCUGCCGUCCGACCCCCACUGGCCGCCCCGGCUCGAGACGAGACAAUAUGGACUGGAUUGUGAACUGUCGGGCCCUUGCGUGGCUCAUUCUUGCGUUGCUUUUCUGUGUUGCUUUCGACCUGCAGGGCUUCUGCAGUGCCAGCACGGUCCUCCUUCCUGAAAGCCUGCUCUUUGUGUCUACACUGGAUGGAAACCUGCACGCCGUCAGCAAGCGAUCGGGUUCUAUCAAAUGGACGCUGAAAGAAGAUCCAGUUCUUCAGGUCCCCACACAUGUGACAGAGCCAGCCUUUUUGCCAGACCCUAACGAUGGGAGCCUUUACUCCCUUGGAGGCAAGAACAACGAAGGCCUGACGAAAUUACCAUUCACUAUCCCCGAGUUGGUCCAGGCCUCUCCUUGUCGCAGCUCUGAUGGCGUGCUGUACAUGGGUAAGAAGCAGGACCUAUGGUAUGUAGUGGACAUGUUGACCGGAGAGAAGCAGCAGACCCUGACCUCCUCCUUUGCCGAGAUGCUCUGUCCCUCCUCCUCUCUUCUCUACCUGGGACGCACAGAGUACACCAUCACCAUGUAUGACACCAAGAGCCGAGAAUUGCGCUGGAAUGCCACCUAUUCUGACUAUGCCUCCACCCUACCAGAUGAUGACACCAAAUACAAGAUGGCUCAUUUUGUGUCCGACGGCGACGGCCUUGUUGUGACUGUGGACAGUGAGUCCGGUGAUGUCCAGUGGGUCCAGAAGUACAACGCUCCGGUGGUGGCCGUAUACAUCUGGCAGCGGGAGGGCCUCCGAAAAAUUCCCCACACCAACGUUGCCGUAGAGACCCUGCGCUACCUUACCUUCACGUCUGGAGAGAUGGGCCGCAUCACCCAGUGGAAAUACCCUUUUCCCAAAGAGAAGAAGCCUAAAAACAAGCUCAUGUCAACCCUGUAUGUGGGUAACUAUUCCGCAAGUCUUUACGCCUCUCCCUCCCUGGUGCAUGAUGGAGUCACUGUGGUGCCUCGUGGCAGCACCUUCCCCAUGUUGGAAGGUCCUGACAGCCAGGAGACCGAGGAGGACAAGGAGUGCGUGAUCACCCCUAGUACCAGCGUCAACUUCAAUGCUGCCCUCCGGAAGAGGCACCGUAUCAACUUCAUGAGGAACCACCUGCUCCUCAUAGGUCAUCACGAGACUCCUCCUGACGCACACAACAAGAUGCUUGAGAAGUUCCCUGACAGUCUUCCUCGCAACCAGGGCAACGUAAUCCCACCAACCACUGAAAAGACUAUAGAGGAGAAGGUGAAUGAAAGUGGUAUGGAUGAUGGUCCGCCUCCUUCUCAGCCAGAAACCUCCAUCCAGGAACCCGGAGCUAGUGGGCGCACUGUCCGGCUGGAAGCCCCAGUGGAUUCCAUGCUUAAAGACAUGGCUACCAUCAUUUUAUCCACCCUCCUCCUAGCAGGCUGGGUGGCCUUUGUUAUCACCUACCCCAAGAGUGUCCACAAGCAGCAGCAGCUUCAGCACCAAGAGUUCCAAAGGCAGAUGGAGGAGAGGCUGGAACUUCUCCAGAGGCAGCAGCCUUUCCCGCCACCCGCUGAACUUGGCCUGGUCCCUGACAGCAACUACCUAGAGGUGGCCCAUGCCCGCUCUGAGAGCUCCAACCACAGCAGCCCCAACAUCACCCCCCGUGCUUCCAACCACUCCAACCUCUCUGUCUCUGAGCUUGGCAGCUCUGCCAAUGAGCAUGAAGAUGGAGAUGAUGAUUCCAAUAUUGUCAGAGUGGGCAACAUAACCUUCAACCCCAGGAAUGUCUUAGGACAUGGUGCAGAGGGCACCAUUGUCUAUAGGGGUCAGUUUGACAACCGUCCGGUGGCAGUAAAGAGAAUUCUCCCAGAAUGUUUCAGCUUUGCUGACCUUGAGGUGCAGCUGCUGAGGGAAUCGGACGAGCACCCCAACGUCAUCCGCUACUUCUGCACAGAAAAGGACCGCCAGUUCCAGUACAUCGCCAUCGAAUUGUGUGCCGCUUCACUACAGGAGUAUGUGGAGAAGAAAGAUUUUGACCACCACGGACUAGAGCCGGUGACACUGCUUCAUCAGGCCAUGUCAGGACUGGCCUACCUGCACUCUCUCAACAUAGUCCACAGAGACCUAAAACCCCACAACAUCCUGGUCUCCAUGCCCAAUGCACACGGCCGAGUCCGCGCCAUGAUCUCUGACUUCGGCUUGUGUAAAAAGCUGGCGGUUGGCCGCCAUAGUUUCAGCAGGAGGUCUGGGGUGCCCGGCACUGAGGGUUGGAUCGCACCAGAGGUCCUCAGUGAGGAUUGCAAGGACAACCCGACUUGCACAGUUGAUAUUUUCUCUGCUGGCUGUGUCUUCUACUAUGUUGUGUCCCAAGGCAGCCACCCCUUCGGCAAGUCUCUGCAGAGGCAGGCCAACAUCCUUCUGGGUACAUACAGUCUAGACCAGCUUCAGCCUGACAGACACGAGGACAUUGUGGCCAGAGAUCUGAUAGAGCAGAUGUUGAGCAUGGAGCCCCAUUGGAGACCUUCAGCUGAAUGUGUUCUCAAACACCCUUUCUUCUGGAGUCUGGAAAGGGAGUUGCAGUUUUUCCAGGAUGUGAGUGACAGAAUAGAAAAAGAGCCGCUGGACGGACCAAUUGUGAGACAGCUUGAGAGGGGAGGAAGGGCCGUUGUUAAGAGUGACUGGAGAGAACAUAUCACUGUGCCUCUGCAGACAGAUCUGCGGAAAUUCCGCUCCUAUAAAGGCGGAUCAGUUAGAGAUUUGCUCCGUGCAAUGAGAAACAAGAAACACCAUUACAGGGAGCUGCCUGCUGAGGUCCAGGAGACUUUAGGCUCCAUCCCUGAUGACUUUGUCUUUUACUUCACCUCCCGCUUCCCCCAUUUGCUGAAGCACACAUACCUGGCCAUGCGCACCUGUGCACACGAGAGGGCAUUCAUGCCUUACUACCCCAGUGUAGAGCAGCUCACAAGGACACAGGCUCUGUACACAACCCCAGAGCCACAAAGACAAGAUGAACCACAUAUACAAAACUUGCCAACGGACACAUCACAACCUGAGAAAUCAACAACUCAACCACUAUCCUCCACAGAGAGCACACUGGAACUGCCAGUCAGCAACACAAUACCAACCCAAUCUGUGCCAACCACAUUACACGAUGAACCUGUAUGUCCAGUGUUUCCAGUUCAGACCGUGCUCUCAACUGCAACAGCCGAAGUGACAGACUUGUCCAGGCAGACAGUGAGCUCUGCUGAUGCUUUAGAAUCAUCCACAUUUUGUCAAAGGGAAACUGAUUCCAUUCAGCCUGAAGCACACUCACAGCCUUAUCGUCCUGCACUCGACAGCGAGCCAGAGUGAAGUGGGCUGGAGGAGCUGGAUGGAUUCAGCACCGAGGGAAGCGUAGCCUUAAAAAGUGGACAUGUCCUGGGGCUCUGCCUUUCUGCCCUGCGCUGGUGAAGACCAGGCCUGCAGUGCCUGGAUUCACCGCUAGGCGUGGAGCGGCAGCACCCCAAUUUUAAGUGCCUUCUGUCCAUCUGGGUUAAACUCGCUCCCAACAGAACCGUCCACAUGUCUUUCUCUGCCUUCACAUGAAAGGCUGUCCUCUUGACAAGGUGUUGUCGGUCAUUAUCUUGGAGCUGCAAAGAGAGUAUUUCUUUUAUUUUACAAUGACAUCGAAAAGAAAAAAAGUAUUGCUCUUCCCCAAAAAUGCUUGUUCUUGUAUUGUAUUUGGGGAAUAUCUGUGAUGUAAUGUUGAUGUAAUGAACAUUGUUGUAUCGUGCAAUGUGUCCCCCCCCCCACAGUGAGCUUAUUCACUGCAAAGAUGUGUAUAUUUUUCUAGAGUGAUUCAGCGUUUGGGUCAUUGAUAAUCAUCCGUUUAAUGUGGCCGCCGUGCCUUUUAAUCGACACUGUGCUGUAAGGGUACCAGUCUCUAAAAUGGUUAUGCUAAAUAUACUUGUCUGUUUAUAUGCUGCUAGACUGCUUCUUUUUGUCAAUCAAGACCAUUGUACUGACUUCCUCUGUGAGAGUGAACUGUAUUCCAAAGGACAUUCAGAUUUGACUCUGAAUGUAACAAGUAAAGUUUACUCAUUUGAUUGAACUGGUUGUUGACAAAAUAUUAGGGGUUCACUAACCUAAAGUAGGCUGUCGGUUAGGCCAGUUAUUUGACAAUGUCAAAUUGAGAUUGAAUAACUCGCAGAUUAAAUGUUUUUUUUAAAGAUUAAAAUAAGUGAGUUUUCUCUCAUUUGCCUAAAUACCUGUUACCGUGCUUUUUUUUUUUAUUUGAAAAAUGAUCAAUCUUAGGCACACAAAUCCUCCUGUAUGCACCUAAGAAUCUGACCAAACAUUGAUGAGAAAUGUUCCAGCAUUGCUGAUGGCAGGUAUUGUGCUACUAAAACCUACAAAAGCAUAAUAA